CCAGCAGCGGCCGGACCGGAGGACCGGAGCCGCUGGGUGAGCGUCAGAGCGCGGAUGAUCGUCCUCUGUGUCGGCGAGGCGUGCGGUUCGCUGUCACAGAUUCACUUCAACGCUGCUCGCGUUUGAUUUUCUGCCCAACUCCCAGCAGGCUAAAAAAGCUCUCGAGCUCGGACCCAACAUGGGUUAGAAAGAAAAGCGACCUAUGGAUUAUCCACUUUGUGCACUUCGCCGAGAAUGAUGGGGGGGAGAGAAACGGACUUGUUUUCGCAGAGACAUCCUGACAAAGACGGGGACUGAGAGGGAAACGAGAUUGGGAUUCGCUGCUUCUCUCUGUCUCGCUUCGCAUCUUUUUUUUUUUUUUUAAAUCAUUUAUACUGUGUAUUUUUCAUAUUUUUUUUCUUCAUUUUUUUUUUUUUUUUGAUUAUUUCCCCGCGUGUGUGCGAGACAGAGAAAUGUUUGCAGAAUUGCUGUGCAGCGCCGUGGCUCUGGUCCUGUAUGUCAACACUCUGGGCGCCGAUUUCUGCUACGAUGACAGCCGUGCAAUCAAGACUAACCAGGACCUGCUUCCAGAGACCCCCUGGACAAAUAUCUUUUACGAUGACUUCUGGGGCACCUUGCUCACACACAGUGGCAGCCAUAAGUCUUACCGGCCCCUCUGCACCCUCUCCUUCCGCCUCAACCACGCUGUGGGUGGGCUGGAGCCCUGGGGUUACCACCUGGUUAACGUGGCUCUCCAUGGGGCUGUGACAGGCCUGUUUACCUCCCUGGCUCGCCUGCUGCUCGGAGGAGGCCUGUGGAGCCUGCUGGCCGGCCUGCUAUUCGCAUCUCACCCCAUCCACACCGAGGCGGUGGCGGGCGUGGUGGGCCGGGCGGAUGAAGGGGCCGCCCUGUUCUUCUUGCUGUCCCUGCUGUGCUACAUGCGCCACUGUGGGCUGCGGGGCCACGCCGGGCCCUGGCGGCUCGUGGCCUGGUUCCUGGGCAGCCUGGGCUGCGCUGCAUGCAGCAUGCUGUGGAAGGAGCUCGGCGUGACCGUCCUGGCUGUAUCGGCGCUGUACGACGUCUGCGUUUUCCACAAGCUCAAGUUGCGACAGGUCAUCAUGCUCCUCUACAAGAGAAAGAACGUCCACCUGCUGCUGAAUGUGUUCUUGCUGGCAGCCUGGGGAGCCGUCCUGUUGGCCUGCCGCUUCUACUGGAUGGGCAACAAACCCCCCAACUUCUCCAACUCCGACAACCCGGCAGCCGACUCGCCCUCGCUCCUCACCAGGAUGCUUACUUUUUCCCACCUACCUGCGGUCAACUUUUGGCUUCUCCUUUGCCCAGACACGCUCAGCUUUGAUUGGUCAAUGGACGCCCUGCCUUUGAUCAGGAGCCUUGCGGAUUGGAGGAACUUUCACACAGCAGUCUUCUACCUUGGAUUGCUCUUGCUGGCUUGGUUCAGCCUGUGGACGCACCAGAUGGCUAAGGGCAAGGAGACCAAUGGCAAAGUGCAUCCUUACACCAAUGGCAGAAACGGGAACAGUAAUGGACACAGUUACCAGUAUAACAAUCAUGAACAUAAGAACAAUUCCCACACAGACGCUCACAUUAAUAAUGCACAAAAUGGUGCCAAUAAGCACUAUGAGAGCAGGACUCCACUGCCCACCACUGAAAAUAUCGUGGUGUUCUCUCUAGGCCUGUUGGCUAUCCCUUUUCUCCCUGCCACAAACUUGUUUUUCUAUGUGGGUUUUGUGAUAGCAGAGAGAGUAUUAUAUAUUCCCAGCAUGGGCUUUUGCCUUCUGGUGGCAGUGGGGAUGAGGUCUCUGUACGUCCGUCUGCGACGCAGGUCCUCCAGGGCGAUGUUGGUGUACUGCAGCGCUGCCGUAGUUCUUCUUUUCAGUGUCAAAACUGUUUUAAGGAACCGGGACUGGCAGAAUGAGGAGAUGCUCUACAAGUCAGGGAUUUAUGUCAAUCCUGCUAAAGCUUGGGGCAACCUUGGAAAUGUCCUGAAGAGCCAGGGCGAGAUGGAGGAAGCUGAACAGGCGUACAGAAAUGCCCUGUAUUACCGCAGCAACAUGGCUGACAUGCUCUAUAACCUCGGUUUGCUGCUACAGGAGAGCAACAAGUUCUCCGAGGCACUCCAUUACUAUAAGCUGGCCAUUGGGAGUCGGCCAACUCUGGCUUCGGCCUACUUGAAUACGGGCAUCAUCCUGAUGAAUCAGGGUCGCCUAGAUGAGUCCAAGCGCACCUUUCUGACCUGCGCUGACAUCCCAGAUGAGAACCUGAAGGACCCCCACGCCCACAAGAGCUCCGUCACCAGCUGCUUGUACAACCUGGGCAAGCUGCUCCAUGAACAGGGACACCAGGAGGAGGCCCUCACAGUGUUUAAAGAAGCAAUACAGAAAAUGCCAAGACAAUUUGCACCACAGAGCCUCUACAACAUGAUGGGAGAGGCCUACAUUAGACUGAACAAGCUGACUGAUGCUGAACACUGGUACCGAGAGUCCCUGCGAGCCAAGCCGGACCACAUUCCCGCACACCUCACCUAUGGCAAACUCCUGGCUAUGACGGGGCAGAAAACAGAAGCGGAGAGGUACUUCCUGAAGGCCAUCCAACUUGAUCCCGCAAAAGGCAACUGCUACAUGCAUUAUGGUCCACAGAGUUUGACUGUAAACACAGCCGCACUCCAUAUCAGUUCCAGUGCAGCCCACAUGCUCAGACAAGCCAGCCUAAACGAGGCAGCCGAGAAGUAUUACGGACAAGCGGCGAGCCUGAGACCCAACUAUCCUGCCGCCUUGAUGAACCUGGGGGCCAUCCUCCACCUCAACGGGAAGCUGCAAGAAGCUGAAGCCAAUUACCUCCGAGCACUUCAACUGAAACCGGAUGACACCAUCACCCAGUCCAACUUGCGUAAGCUGUGGAACAUAAUGGAGAAACAGGGCCUGAGGACCAGCAGCCCCUGAGCUCACCCUGCCCACCUAUACCUGCCAUCUGUACGCCAGACCUGGGGGAAAAGGACGGCAUACACGCUCCUCUUUUUCUCUUCUCAUCCAGGAAAGAUGGGAGAAACUCAGGGAGGAUGUUUGCUCAGAGAGGCCAUGACUGUGCUGCACAGCCCGCCUAAUAACUCCCUGAGCUCUGCAUACACCUCAGGCCAGAAGCUUUCUGAGAAGCAUUGCUCACAGUUUGGCAGGCGCUGCGUGGUAUUUGGACUCUUUAGAACUCUCACAGGAACCACAUGUUUGUUUGUUUUCUUUUUAUUUCUUUUAUAACUAGAGCACUUGAACUUGAAGUGAGACCAUAGGUACAUCCUUCAGCAUUUGUGAUGAAUUAGGUUUUUUUUUUUUUUUUAAAUAAGCAAUUGCAGUUGAAAGGGGUGAAAUUUGUCCCCAAGCAGUGUGAGAUGAAGAGAGAAAAGAAUCUCAGAGCAUUGCACUGAGGGUAUUUUCCAUCACCAUUUAUUAAAGUUCUUGGUUUGAUCUGAUGUUCCAUCUUGAUAAUGACGAAAAAAGGCAACAUGAAGGACUGGAUGCCAUCUAAAAUCACCAAAUUAAGUUAAAAUCAUAAAAAAAAACUCCAUUCACGUCCUCAACUGGUCACACACAUAAGAUUACACACAUAAUCACAUUAUGAAGAUAGGAAAAAUUAGCACCAUCACUGCAAACCAUUUGUGACAGUCCUGAUAUUUGGUGAAAACUUGAAAAAGGGAAUUUAAUUUGGUAGCCAUAACAGCACAACAAUAGCCUCUAAAAGCUCCACGAAGGCUGGACUUUGUCAAAUACAGUAUGUUUUGACAAAAGAAAUCUGAAAAGCAAAGGAAGUGAGACUUUGUAAUGCCUUUAUAAUAAAAGGUAGGAAUCUUCUCUAGCAGUGUGUGGCAUUUAUACCACUACUGCUUUUUUAUUCAGCACUGGCAAGGAAGCAAAGUCACCAUGGUUGCUUACAAACUUGUUUGUCGGCAAACAGUAAGAAGCUAUGAAUGGAAAUAACAAGAUAGCAGGUACAGUAGUUUUUGGGUGCACGUUUCCCCACACGCCUGAAGCUUUUACGAAACAAGCGUGCGGAGCUGAAACCGAUGAAAGAGUUCUUCUAACCAAAUACGAAAGCUAUGCCGAUGCACGCCAUUUCAUCACAGAACAAUUACACGGACAUCGUCUGAGGGAAAUGUUUUAAUGCCUAUGUUUUUGUUGGAAUAAAACUUAAUUUCUUUGUGUUUUGUAUAAAUGAAUCCUAAUAUAUACCUACGUUGUGUAUAGUAUACAGAAAAUCUUGCAGCAAAAAAGUAGCCAGACUUAAAGUGGAAGCUCAGAUACUGAGCGAGUUUGGUUUGUUACAUGAAAUAUUUCCCAUAUUGUCAAAACUCACUCUUAAGGUCUCAUUUUGUAUAUAUUCUGAGUAAUUAACAUCUAUGUGUUUUUUGUUGUUGUUGUUGUUGUUGUCAGCAUACAGUAAGUGAAACGGCACCUUGCGGGAAGUAAGAAUAUGUACAGUGUUUGUGAUCGUUUGUUAUUGGCCACAAACCUCCUGAACUGUCUGCAUCCUUAGUUUAUACAUCGUAAGUUAUUGCUUUGUGUUACCUUAGCAACAGAACCAGCUGGAACUGUGUUUUUACUUGUGAAAUGAAGGAAUGUGAUGUACACGUUUGUGGUCAUUGCUGAGAAAAAAAUCUCCAAAUGCAGUUGAGUGGCUCAUUAUUGGUAAGCACCUACAAUGGAGGAUAAAAACGUUGAAUAUAUACAGUAUGUCACUUGUUGCAGUCACAAUGUUUUUAACACUGUUCUGUUUUUGACUGUGAUGGUCACUAGUGAUAUGUUGAGUAAGAUAAUCACAAUUCACCUGACACACAGCCCGUAAAGCGCUUGCUAAGUUCUCCUGUGUAUACAAAGUGUUCAUGAAGAAACACAGAUUAUUGUUAUUGCUCGAGUGAAGAUAAAAAAAAAAAAAAAAAAAAAAACGGUUUUCACUCUGUGUCUCUGCUCAGGGAUCUCAAGCGGUGGGUUAUUGCAGAAACUUGUUCACAGAGCGUUUACUAAAUUAAAGAUUUAUUUUUGAACGUUGUCGUAUUUGUAUAAAUUAUCGAGAUUUGUAGCCUUUUUCUCCUUUUUGUAAUAUAACGAUGAACAAUGUGCCAGAAUAGACCUUUUUUUUUUUUUUUCUUCCCAAUGUUGCUUUUUCCACAAUAAAUUUAUGGUGUUCUG